AUGUAUCGCUCAAUCAUUCAUUUUGGUAUCACUUCCAGACUUCCAGACUUGUAUUCCCAGAAGGAUAUGAUUAUUAAAGUGAAAAAUUUCGGUAUAAGCACUGGAAAACAGGACUCGCAAUCAGUUUGCGGAUUUGUCUUCAAUAGCACCGAAAGGACGAACGGGUCGUUCACAUCGCCAAACUAUCCCGGUCUCUAUCCGCGCGACACUGAAUGCCAUUACUUUUUCUAUGGAAACGCAUCGCAAAAAGUUUACAUCACUUUCGCUUACUUUGAUGUGGAAGGGGUCACGCCUUGCACGACAGAGACGGCCAGCGAUUACGUCGAGUUCUCCAACUAUAGGACAGUCGACCGCAAACUGUCGCGACAUUGCGGUCUAAAACAGCCCAAAACCGUUGAAUCCGAGGGAGACUUCUUUCGGGUGACAUUCAAGACAAAUGACAGGUUUGACGGCACGGGCUUUGAGGCGUUUUAUCAGUUCAGGAGCCAAGAAGAUCCCUUUCACGUGAAAGUCAUGAGAGCGUCGUCGGCCUCAAUGGCCACCGAAUCUCUUGUGCUGACAGUACUCUCGAUGGCGUUAAUUGUGAUAUCAUUUGUAAUCAAAUCUUAUUCUUACAAUAAGUGAAGAUUUCAUUACAACACACAUAAUAAUAGAGACAAUAAUAAUAAUAAAUUUGUUAUAAUAUAUACGCUUUGAACAAAUCUAAUCAAAUCUCUAAUCAACCGAUUCUUGGAGUUAAAUACAGUAAAAUCAACGCUAACUCCGAUUCUCGAAGAAUAUUCUUCAAGAAUAUCCAAAAACUCUUCUUCCAAAGCCAGAUGUGCCUCUCAAUUGUUAUACUAUUUUCAUAGACUAUAAACAGAUGGAACUCCAUGUACUGGUCUUAUAUAAAAGUAGGUGUCGGCGCUGUAUAGCUGAUAGGAUGUGCUCUUUCUCUGUUAUAUCACUCAUAGAGAAUGGUUAGACACGACUGGAUGUGCUUUUCUCUGGUCAUACACACAACUCAUACAUCAAAAACACAUCUUAUUAACAAACUUUGUAAACACAAACUUUCAAUCGACCAAAAACUUUAUUAUCGCUUAAAUAGUUAGACCAAAAACUUUUUGUAAAUAUAAUAUUAUAAAAGCAUUAUAUUUAAAACAUGAAAUCAUCACGUUCAUUUACUUUUAAACAUCACGGUUAAACACUGGACAUAUACAGUUCACACAAAAAGUUUCUAAUCAGCUUU